AUGAAACACGAUCCAACAAAUCGGGCUGCUCUGUACUUUUUGAACAAAAAUUAUGCUGUGGAGCUAGAAGAGAGAGAAAAGGAACGGGAUAGACAACGGCUGCAAAUCCUAAAAGGUCAACAGAUCAAUGAGGAGGCUGUCGGAGAACAAAUAUUCAAGGAGAUUCGUGCACAACCAUCAGAGAGUGGAUACAGUCCUAGCAUCGAGAUAGCCGAACUCAAGCUUCGUACAUACCAAGAAGAACUCGUCCAACCUGCUUUGGAAGGCAAGAAUUGUGUAGUUGUCGCACCAACUGGUGCCGGAAAGACUGAAGUGGCUAUUUACGCUGCACUGAAUCACAUCAAAGAAAGACAUAAUCAGGAAAAAGCAGCCAGAGUGGUUUUGCUGGUUCCAAAGAUUCCUCUCGUCAGUCAACAGAAAGAGCGAUUCUUGAAGUACUGUGCAGGUCAAUACCACGUUUGUGGAAUCCAUGGCUCAGAGAAAAGUGACACCGGAGAAGGCCGUCGUGAUGAUGUUCUUCAGGCUCACAUCGUUGUGAUGACGCCACAAAUUCUGAUUAACAUGCUACAAUCGGUUCGUCGAAACGAGCGUCUCUACGUUAGCGAUUUUUCGAUGAUGGUGUUCGACGAAGUUCACAAAACCAGUGGAAAUCAUCCUUAUGUUCUGAUUAACCGAUUGGUUCAAGAAUGGGAUUACGAGAAGCCUCAGAUCAUUGGACUCACUGCUUCCCUGAAUGUCAACGCUAAGGUACACACAGAAACAAGCGCAAUGCUUGGAAACAUCUACACCAUGCUUGCAUUAUUGAACACACCGUGCUUGAGUUCAAUCACUCAUCAAGCCAGUAUCGAUGAGCUCAAUGAGCACGUUACAAAACCAGACGAUGAGGUGGAAGUCCUACCGCCAGGUCCGAAUGUUCUCCGUGCUCAUAUCGAGACUUAUCUUCACAUCAAUCACGGAAAGCUGUGUGGAGAACUCGAAAAAUUGUCAAAAUCCCGGCAUAACUGUUUCCCUGCGAAAACGUAUCACAUGUUCCGAAAAGCCAAUACGAAAGAUUACGAGUACUACGAUGCGCUACUCACCAACAUCAUCCAAGACCUGAACAAAUUGAACACACCCGAGAAAAUGUGUGCUCAAAAAUGGACAAAAUACAUCAAGGUAUAUGUUGAAGCCCGCAGCAUCGUCGACGUCAUGCCUGCAAUGACGGCCUUUGAAUACAUGAGAGACGCAAUUCGAAUUCUCGAUAAUGAACACACUCUCACCCAGUUCAGCGACUUCUUUACUGAUAGGAUUUAUGAGCCUUUGCGAAAAAAUUCGGAGAAUGUGGAACCGCCGAUUGUACAAAAACUGAAGGAUACACUCAUUACUCAAUUCGCGACGAUUCCCGAUUCGCGUGUCAUCAUCUUUGUUGUGCAGAGAAGUACUGCACAACGAGUCAGCGACUUUUUGAAUCGAUCUGAAGAAGUUAUGAAGCAAUUAAGUAGUUCAGGCGACAAGCGAGAAGACAUGAUUGGAUACGUGCUGGGAACGAAUAAGCAAGGAGCAGUGCAGCAGAGUCCAGACGAGCAAAAAACCGUACUUGGUCGGUUCAAUACUGGAAAACUGAAAGUGAUCGUUGCUACGUCGGUUGUUGAGGAAGGUCUUGAUGUGGCUGCUUGUAAUCUCAUUAUCAAAUAUAAUUGCUCAUCGGGUUCCGCGAUUCAACUCAUCCAACAAAGAGGUCGUGCUCGUGCGAAGAAUUCUCGGUCUGUGCUUCUAGCAGUUCACAGCAAGGUCAAAGAGGACGACAACAACGCGUUGAUUUCCGAAAAGUUUAUGAGGUUGUGUAUGAAACAUAUCGAAGAGAAAGGUUCGAAGCAAUUGGAAAGUGAAGUGAGCAUUGCGGCAGCUAGAAUCCAAAAGGAGCGCAAGAAUGAAUUCGAAGCACAACAGGCGCUGAGAAACAAGCUCGACAGCAAAAUCUACCGAUUGACAUGCACCAGUUGCUCCAGUUUCUUCAGUAGAAGUACGGCAGUGAAGAAAGUCUACUCAAAUUAUAUGAUUUUUGAUAACGAUGUUUGGAGCAGGUUUGGAAUUGAAUCGAGACGAAAGAAGCCAAAUAGGUAUCUGAACGAAGAGACACAAGCCCUGAGUGUUUUAAAGUGUUUAUCUUGCAAAUCAGACGUUGGAAAGGCUUACAAGAUGAGAGGUGUCUAUCUUCCACAACUCGACGUGAAAGCUGUAACGUUUGCUCCUGAAAAUCAUGACGAAGGGACAACAACAAGACAGAAGUGGUCGGCUGUAGAAAAUGAUCUUUUCUGGAUUGGUGAAGCCACUCAAAAUGAUUUUGAGAUCAUGCUGAAUGCGUUGUUAAAUACUCAAGAAAACAUGGACAAAAAACGAAUUCUUGACUUGGACUCGAAGCAGCACAUUAGGGAUAUUGAGUUGAAGAAAUAUCGUGACCGGGAGACGGAGAAUGCGGCGCGGAAGAAGAAGGUAGCAGAGGAAGAAGAAAGAGAGCGGCCAGUCCAAGGAAAAACUGAUUUCAGUGAAGAUGAAGACUGA